UCCUUCCUUCCCAAAGAGGUUAUUGGUAAUUCUGGCGUAGUGGAGGGCACUGUAGAAGCUGAUUUCUGAAUAGGAGACACACCUAAAUAUUUCAUUGGGAGAAAAAUUUUGAGGUAAAGUCUUGAUGACCAAGUGGUAUGCUCGGGUUCUGGAUAAUUAGAAUGAAUAGAAGAAACCCUUCACCUUCAAGAACUGAAACAAAAAUUUUUCAAAAUAUGUUAAUAUACUUUUCAAUUGUAGUAAGUAGAAGAUAUUACAUACAUUGGGAUCUUUCUUUAGAGGUUGAAGAGAGUGCUGUGCCUUAGUCGUCUUUGAUGGUUUGUCAUCCUUGUAUGGGCCCUUGUGUCUUAGAUCUUUAAAAAAGGUGGGCUGGGUUCCUCUUCGUUUCCUUUUCAUUUGCUGAAGUAUUGCGAUUUCCGUGGUGAGGGUGGUUGGCAAUAAGCUACAAGAGCCGAGGCGGAGGGAAGAGACCAGGUCGGGGGAGGAGAAAGAGAAUUUUAGAGAAACGCCCCUAAACCAAGGGCAGGCCUACCACGAUUGCUUUAACCCGCUCUGGAAAUCCCAGCAAACUUGGGAAGACUGGCCUGGCCACCGCAGCUAGCUUGGUAACCUGCCAGGAUCAUGGAUUUUCCUGGACACUUUGAGCAGAUCUUCCAGCAACUGAACUACCAGAGACUUCAUGGCCAGCUCUGUGAUUGUGUCAUUGUAGUGGGGAAUAGGCAUUUUAAAGCCCAUCGCUCCGUACUGGCAGCAUGCAGCACGCAUUUCCGAGCCCUGUUCUCAGUGGCAGAGGGAGAUCAGACCAUGAACAUGAUCCAGCUGGAUAGUGAGGUAGUGACAGCAGAGGCCUUUGCUGCACUGAUUGACAUGAUGUAUACCUCCACCCUCAUGCUGGGGGAGAGCAAUGUUAUGGAUGUCUUAUUGGCAGCCUCUCACCUGCAUUUGAACUCUGUUGUUAAGGCAUGUAAACAUUACUUAACGACAAGGACGCUGCCCAUGUCUCCCCCCAGUGAGCGUGUUCAGGAGCAGAGUGCCCGCAUGCAGCGCUCCUUUAUGCUGCAGCAGCUGGGACUAAGCAUCGUGAGCUCAGCCCUCAAUUCCAGCCAGAGCGGUGAGGAGCAGCCAGCCCCCAUGAGCUCAUCAAUGCGCGGGAACCUGGACCAGCGGACGCCCUUCCCCAUGAGACGCCUUCAUAAGCGCAAGCAGUCUGCAGAGGAGCGGGCCAGACAGCGCCUCCGACCUGCCAUGGAUGAGUCUGCCAUUGCUGAUGUUACGCCAGAGAACGGGCCAUCAGGGGUUCAUUCUCGGGAGGAGUUCUUUUCACCAGAUUCUCUGAAAAUUGUGGAUAACCCUAAGGCCGAUGGAAUGACCGACAACCAGGAAGACAGUGCCAUCAUGUUUGACCAGUCUUUUGGUGCUCAAGAAGAUGCCCAGGUGCCCAGCCAGUCUGACAACAGUGCCAGCAACAUGGCACAGUUGUCCAUGGCCUCUCGCGCAACUCAGGUUGAGACUAGUUUUGAGCAGGAGGCCGCAACUGAGAAAAGUGGUUUUCAGUGUGAAAAUCCUGAGGUUGGCCUCGGUGAGAAGGAGCACAUGAGAGUGGUGGUUAAAUCUGAGCCCCUGAGCUCUCCUGAGCCUCAGGAUGAAGUGAGCGAUGUGACCUCACAAGCAGAAGGCAGCGAAUCUGUGGAAGUGGAAGGAGUUGUGGUCAGUGCCGAGAAGAUAGAUCUCAGCCCUGAAAGCAGUGAUCGGAGUUUUUCAGAUCCCCAGUCUAGCACUGACAGGGUAGGUGACAUCCAUAUUUUGGAAGUCACAAAUAAUCUAGAACAUAAGUCCACUUUUAGCAUUUCAAAUUUUCUUAACAAGAGCAGAGGAAGUAACUUUAAUGCAAAUCAGAACAAUGAUGAUAAUAUCCCAAACACCACUAGUGACUGCCGGCUAGAGGGGGAGGCCCCUUAUUUGUUGAGUCCAGAGGCUGGGCCUGCAGGCGGGCCCUCCUCGGCCCCUGGCUCUCACGUGGAGAACCCAUUUAGUGAGCCUGCAGACUCCCACUUUGUUAGGCCGAUGCAGGAAGUGAUGGGCCUGCCAUGUGUGCAGACUUCAGGCUACCAAGGAGGAGAACAGUUUGGGAUGGAUUUUUCCAGGUCUGGUUUGGGCCUCCACUCCUCCUUCUCCAGGGUAAUGAUGGGCUCCCCAAGAGGAGGAGGCAGUAACUUUCCAUACUACCGCCGCAUAGCUCCCAAAAUGCCCGUUGUAACUUCCGUCAGGAGCUCACAGAUCCCAGAAAACCCUGCCAGCUCCCAGCUAAUGAUGAAUGGGGCCACGUCUUCAUUUGAAAAUGGCCAUCCUUCCCAGCCUGGCCCUCCGCAGUUGACCAGGGCAUCUGCUGACGUCCUGUCAAAGUGUAAGAAGGCCUUGUCAGAGCACAACGUCUUGGUUGUGGAGGGAGCUCGCAAGUACGCCUGCAAAAUCUGCUGCAAGACUUUCCUGACCUUGACGGAUUGUAAGAAACACAUCCGUGUUCACACAGGUGAAAAACCCUAUGCCUGCCUCAAGUGCGGCAAGAGGUUCAGUCAGUCCAGCCACCUGUACAAACACUCGAAGACGACCUGCCUGCGCUGGCAGAGCAGCAAUCUUCCCAGCACUUUGCUCUGACUCGACCUCUUGAGAUAAGGCCAACGCCAGGUGUAGGACCAUAACUAAAAUCUCUUUUGGUUGGUGGUUAAUGCAGUUGAGUUUGAAGCUUCAGGCUGCCCGGUGGCUCUUUGCAGAUUCCCAUGAUAAGAAGUGGAGAACUAGUGUGUGUAGCGCUUGUGCUGCUGCGUUUCUGAGUGAAAUGCACACUUCAGAGGAUGCCAUCCCUGAAGUCAGGUUCUUGCCAGGGUUGAGCAAUGCAGUCAGAAAGUAGUUUGUAAUUGAUGAUGUUAGAAGUGGCACAUUUAAAAAUUAAACAUGGAAGUGCAGAAAAAUUUUUUUAGCAGUUUUUUUAAAACUUUGUGAAGCAUUUAAUUACAUUUCCUCUACCCUUUGACGGGAAUAUUGUAUACCUGUACAGUGAUGCAAAAUGCACUUAUGUGUAACCAGUGGCGACUUUGUGCCUGUCUAAGAGGAAGGCCCUUGAGGACACGCCUGUCUGCCACAAAUGCUUUAAAGUGUAUCACAAGGUAGUCCUAGGCCUCAGAAAGUACUGUAUUUUUUAUUUUUGUCUGAUUUGCAGUCACAGACACUGCACUUUGAUGGUGCUGACACUGGGUCCAGAGCAAGCAUUCUCUGGACUAUUAGGUGUAUAUACUUUUGAAAAUAUCUAUCACUGUUGGAUAGAUGUUUUAACAGUUUUUCCUGGUUUUAAAAACAAAGUUGUAAAUGGCACAUGUUCUUGUAGGGAGUGAUGAGUAAGAUAUUGUUUCUGUAUGUGCUGUUUUAGCAGUAUUUUAACCAACUUGGAUUACAUGUUACAGUUCCAUGUUUGGAAGUCAGAAAAGAGCUAGUGUUUGUCUUUGUUCUGAUGACGUGGAGUCUUGUUUUGUGGGAUCUUUCAUGGUGCACUUACCCUUUGCUCCAUCCAGACUUCAGGGGCCAGUCCAGCCUGGCACACCCCACCCGGUGACAGGCCUGUUCUCUGCUUUGCUUCUUCACACUCUCAUGCCCCAUAUGGCCUCUUUCCCACGCCUAGAUGACUGUUUUCAGUUAUAAACUAACCAAAAAUGAUGUCAGCUGCCCGUCCACUAUGGGUUUUAUUACUGUAUAUACUAUAGUUUAAAAAUAUAGACCCUGCACUUUUGUAGUUGUUGCCCCGACCCAAUACUGAACGUUUGAAAUUGUUUGCAAUCCAAAUGUCACAGUGUUUGUGGGUAAACCUUUUCCAGACUCUGUAAGAGGGUUGGGCAGCCCAGAGCACAGGAGUCACCAAGUAGCAUCUGAGACUGUUCCAGGAGACAUGUGGGUCAUGGCCCAGGGCCUCUCUGGGCCCCACCACCUCACUUCCUCAGCCCCUCCUGCCUUGCGGCCUUCUGACCCUGUGCCAUCAGGGCUGUUGGUGGUGCUUGUGUUAGGCUGAGCCCUGGCUGAUGUGCUUCCAGGGGAAUAGCACAGGUUCAUGUGUCUCUGCAGAGCUCAUGAAGUCAGUUUAAUUCAUGCAUGAACAUGAGUUCAUUUUUUAUACAGCUUUUUUAGAGACACCAAACCAUUGUGCAUAAUUGAGAGAAGUCCUUCAGUUCUUGUGUUUAGAAAGCUAAGUAUGUAUAGCCUAAAAUAAACAUUAGUGUGUGUUUUCUCUUAACCUAGUGUGUGCAGUUACACAUCUGUCUGUGGAUAAACUCAUAAUGUUCAUAGUUGGGCUUAGCAUCUCCUGUGAACUGAUUCCCAGGGAGGAAAGCCAAAGGGAAACCUCUGUGAUGCCCCUCCUUUCCAGCAGACGAGGAAAGAGACUGUUGGAGGAUAUGGGCUCACCUGGGAAGUCCAGUUGUAUGUGUGGCUCAUUGUCAGCAGUCGUGUUCUGACUUGAUGCGAGGAAGCUCUGCACCCAUCCCUCUACGUGAUGUGACCACCAGUGUGUUGUGAGGAGGUUAAUCUUGGGAGGCAGGUGUGUCAGCACAGAGAACAAGAGAGGCUCUGCCUGGGCCUGGGAGAGGAACCAGUGACACCAAGAAGAGCAGUGGCAGCCCUCCUCCCCUUCCAUCUGGAGGAAGGGUGCCAGGGGGCUGCCCCUCACCUCAGCUCGGGCUUGAAUGGACUUGGUUCUGGGGCCUGUCUCUGACACAGCGGCUGGAGCCCUGCCUCUCCACUGCUAGAUGGAAUCUGGAAUCUCUCAUCUACCUCUUAGUCAAUCAGUUUCUACAUGUGAGAAGCGAGCUUGCAGGCCAAUGUCCUCAUACAUGCUGGAGCACUUAAAAAGUAAUUCAGAGGUUCCCUGGAAAACCAGUCCCAGGGUUCCUAGGAUCCAUCGUUUCUACCUGAAUUAUAACUGCUAUUGAGUACCUGGAUUUUGAUUGGUUAGCCUUAAUUAUAGCCUGGCAUAAUCAUUUCUGGUGAUCAAAUCAUAAAGUUCUAUCAGGCACCCAUGUCAGUGGUGCUAUCAGCAUCUCGAAAUUUGAGAUUUUGAAAUAAAAAAUUUGUCACAUACAUACCUCGAUCUAAACGUGUUUUUUUCUUUGCUUAGGUUGUUAAGGUUUGAAACAAAAAAAGGAAGUAGUAUUGCUUUCUCUGCUAACCCUGAUUUGACCAGUCCUUUUUUUUUUUUGUGAGGAAGAUUCGCCCUGAGCUAACCUCUGUGCCAGUCUUCCUCUAUUUUGUAUGUGGGUUGCUGCCACAGCAUGGCUGAUGAGCAGUGUAGGUCUACACCUGGGAUCCAAACCUGUGGACCCCAGGCUGCCCAAGCGGAGCACACAAACUUAAUCACUAAGCCACUGGGCCGGCCCCAAGACCAGUAUUUUUUUAACCAAGCCUCCUAGAAGAUGUCCUAGUGCUGUCAAUUAAUAACAAUUACUGGUUGUUCCCCUCAAUUUAGUCCCUCUGCCUUGCCUGCUCUGUCUGUCUUGGAGCCGUGGACAAGUGUCAAGUUUUGUUCUCAGUCUACCCAGUUUUACUCUUAGAGGGUCUGCUUAAUCUUGUGCUUUCUGCUGCUCCCUUACCUGCCUCCCAGGUUGA